AGACAACAACAAAAUGGGUCAGUAGAAGUUUCAGCGGUGAUUCUAAAAAAAUGGGUCACCAAAGACAAAAUACAAACACCACAAACACAGAGCAAACUUUAGUUUUUGCUGUUAAUGGAGAACGAUUUGAGCUCUCUGGAGUUGACCCUUCCACUACUUUGCUUGAGUUCUUGCGUUCUCAGACUUCUUUCAAGAGUGUCAAGCUUGGUUGCGGUGAAGGAGGAUGUGGUGCAUGUGUUGUCCUGCUGUCCAAGUAUGAACCCGUGCAUGACAAGGUUGAUGAUUUUACAGUGAGUUCAUGUCUCACACUACUUUGCAGUGUAAAUGGAUGUUCGAUCACAACAGCUGAGGGAGUCGGAAAUAGCAAGGAUGGGUUCCACCCUAUUCAGGAAAGGUUUUCUGGUUUCCAUGCUUCUCAAUGUGGUUUUUGUACUCCUGGAAUGUGUGUUUCUCUGUAUUCGGCAGUUGUUAAUGCUGAUAAAACCGGUAGACCAGAACCACGUCCGGGAUUCUCUAAGCUAACACUUUCCGAAGCAGAAAAGUCUAUUUCAGGUAAUCUUUGUCGUUGUACUGGUUAUCGACCACUUGCAGAUGCCUGCAAAAGUUUUGCUGCGAAUGUUGAUUUGGAGGAUUUGGGAUUUAACUCAUUUUGGAGGAAAGGAGAAAGUGAUGAGGUGAAACUGAGUAGAUUACCUCCACACAAUUGUAACAAAGCAACUCGUGUGUUUCCUGAGUUUCUAAAGACGGCGACUAAGGCAGGUUUCAAUCUGGAAUCUGAGGGGUGUCGCUGGUACAGCCCUGGUAGUCUUGAGCAGCUUCAAAGCUUGUUGCAAAUGGAUGAGGUGAAUGAUGUAACCUCGCUCAAGAUUGUUGUUGGUAACACGGGAAUGGGUUAUUAUAAGGAACUAGAACAUCACAAGAAGUACAUUGAUUUGAGAUGUAUUACGGAGCUUGCAAUCAUUAGUAAAGAUCAGUCGGGCAUUAAAAUUGGAGCAUCUGUGACAAUUUCCAAAGUUAUUGAAACUUUGAAGGAAGAAAAUGAAGACGGAAUUGAUGAAGAAGCUAAACUUGUUUUCAAAAGGCUUGCUGACCAUAUGGAAAAGAUUGCAACAGGCUUCGUAAGGAAUUCAGCUAGUAUAGGAGGAAACCUCAUAAUGGCUCAGAGGAAACGUUUUCCAUCAGAUAUUGCGACAAUACUGCUUUCUGUGGAUACAAUGGUUGAUAUAUUGACUGGUGACAGACAUGAAAAUAUAACACUGGAGGAGUUCCUUGAGAGGCCUCCAUUAGUUUCCAACUGUGUUCUUUUAGGAAUUAAAAUUCCUUUCUGGAAGUUGAGUAGGGAUAUUUCUUCCAAGACAUAUACUAAGUUGCUAUAUGAGACCUAUCGAGCUGCACCCCGCCCUAUUGGAAAUGCACUUUCCUAUUUAAAUGCUGCUUUCUUGGCUGAGGCUUCUCUUUGUAAAAAUUCUACUGGGAUUGUGCUAAAUAGCUGUUGUUUGGCUUUUGGUGCUUAUGGAACAAAACAUUCGAUUAGAGCAAGGAAUGUCGAGAAGUUUCUAUCAGCUAAGUUGCUAGAUGUCAGUGUUUUCUACGAGGCUAUUAAGCUACUUGAAAGUACUGUAAUACCUGAAGAAGGUGUUGCCAGUCCAGCUUACAGGACCAGCUUGGCCGUUGGCUUUCUCUUUGAGUUCCUAAGCCCCUUAAUUAACAGCCACAAUGAUAUUUCUAGAUUUUGGCUUGAUGGAUAUAAUGGCGAUUUGCUGUUUAAUGAUUCCAAAGUAAAACAGAAUUUUGACCAGUUCGAUCAAAUCAAAUCCCCAACUUGUUUAUCACCUGCAAAGCAGGUGAUUCAGUUAAACGACAAAUAUCUUCCAGUUGGAAAGCCAACUAUAAAAGCUGGAGCUAUUAUCCAAGCAUCUGGUGAGGCUGUUUAUGUGGAUGACAUUCCAUCUCCAAAAGACUGCCUGCAUGGAGCAUUUAUUUAUAGCACUGAACCUUUGGCAUGGGUGAAGGGCAUAAAAUUGAAGCCUGAAGCAUCACUUGACGGAGUCUCCGCACUUAUUUCUUUCAAAGACAUUCCUGGAGAGAAUAUAGGGGCUCAGACCAUAUUUGGUGGUGAACCUUUAUACGCAGAUGAGCUUACUCAAUGUGCUGGUCAGCGCAUUGCCUUGGUGGUUGCAGAUACACAGAAAAAUGCAGACAUUGCAGCCGACCUUGCAGUGAUUGAUUAUGACCAGAAGAAUCUAGAACCAAUAUUAUCUGUAGAAGAGGCUUUUGAGAAAUGUAGCUUUUUUGAGGUCCCACCUUUCAUUUACCCCGAACCAGUUGGUGAUUUUUCAAAAGGAAUGGCCGAAGCUGACCAUCAAAUUGAAUCUGCUGUGCUCAAACUUGGAUCGCAAUACUAUUUCUAUCUGGAGACGCAAACUGCUCUUGCUGUGCCAGACGAGGACAACUGCAUUGUAGUAUACAGUUCUAAUCAAUGCCCUGAGUUUGCACAUGAUACAAUAGCUAAAUGCCUGGGUGUUCCUGGACAUAAUGUUCGUGUGAUUACAAGAAGGGUCGGAGGAGGAUUUGGUGGAAAGGCCAUAAAAGCUAUCCCUGUUGCUACAGCAUGUGCUCUUGCUGCUUACAAACUACACCGUCCAGUCAGGAUGUAUGUCAAUCGCAAGACUGAUAUGAUAAUGGCAGGAGGAAGGCAUCCGAUGAAAAUAACUUACAGUGUAGGAUUCAAAGAUAGUGGGAAGAUUACGGCCCUAAAACUUGACAUAUUAGUCGAUGCAGGGAUGUCAGCCGAUAUUAGUCCAGUUAUGCCACAUAACAUAGUUUGUUCACUUAAAAAAUAUGACUGGGGUGCCCUAGCUUUUGAUAUUAAGGUAUGCAAAACAAACCUUCCAAGUAGAUCGGCAAUGAGAGCCCCUGGGGAAGUACAGGGAUCAUUUAUUGCUGAAGCUAUAAUGGAACAUGUGGCAUCCACCCUUGCCCUGGAAGUCGAUUCUGUCCGAAGUAUUAAUCUCCACAAGUAUGAAAGCCUUGAAUUGUUUUACAACCUGUGUGGGGAACCAUCAGAGUACACUUUACCUUCUAUAUGGGAUAAGUUGGCUGCGUCUUCAAGCUUUUACCAUAGGACUGAAUUGUUGAAAGAAUUUAAUAGAUUCAAUAAAUGGCGGAAAAGGGGAAUUUCGAGAGUACCUAUUGUGCAUCCGGUAAUGUUAAGACCAACCCCAGGGAAAGUAAGCAUUCUACGGGAUGGAUCUAUUGUUGUUGAAGUUGGAGGAAUUGAGCUCGGUCAGGGUCUUUGGACAAAGGUGAAACAGAUGGCUGCAUAUGCUCUUAGUUUGAUCCAAUGUUGUGGAACUGAGGAACUUUUAGAGAAGGUGAGGGUCAUACAAGCUGAUACCCUGAGCUUAAUUCAAGGUGGUUUUACUUCUGGCAGCACAACAUCUGAGUCGAGCUGUGAAGCUGUUAGACUUUGUUGCAAUAUCUUAGUCGAGAGACUUACUGCUCUCAAGGAGAGGGUGGUGGAGCAAAUGGGAUCCAUAAAAUGGGAAACACUGAUUCUUCAGGCAUAUAUGACUUCCGUGAACUUGUCAGCAAGUACGUUAUACAUACCAGACUUUUCUUCCAUGCAAUACCUAAACUAUGGUGGUGCAGUGAGUGAGGUGGAGGUAAACCUUUUAACUGGGCAAACUACAAUAUUGCAGACAGAUAUCAUAUAUGAUUGUGGCCAAAGCUUAAAUCCUGCUGUGGAUUUAGGACAGAUCGAAGGAGCUUUCGUUCAAGGAAUAGGGUUCUUUAUGCUUGAAGAAUACCCCACAAACUCGAAAGGGUUAGUGGUUGCGGAAGGCACUUGGUCGUAUAAGAUCCCUACGGUGGAUACUGUACCUAAAAGGUUUAAUGUUGAAAUCCUGAAUAGUGGACAUCACAAAAAUCGUGUACUUUCGUCCAAAGCUUCCGGAGAGCCACCGUUAUUGCUAGCAGCGUCGGUUCACUGUGCUAUAAGAGCAGCCAUAAAAGAAGCCAGACAACAACUUCAUUCAUGGGGUGGCCUUGAUGAGUCUGUCCGGACAUUUCAGUUGCAGGUACCUGCCACCAUGCCUGCCGUGAAGGAGCUUUGCGGACUCGAUAAUGUUCAGAGGUUCUUACAGUGGACAUUAGGCAGUAAGCAACGGGAAUCUGCAGGCUGUCAGGUUUAAGUUAUUUUGCAGUUCCUUCACACAAAUAUGUCAAUGUAAUAUUUUAGCUAGAAUUUUUCG